UCCCCAAAAAUCAAACAGAUCCGGGGGGAAAAGAUAAAUAAAAAUAAAAUAAAAUAAAAAACAACCCAAAAAAAAUCGGAAAAAAAGAAAAAUGGGGAAAGAGCUCACCGACGAUCAAGUCGCCUCGAUGCGCGAGGCCUUCUCCCUCUUCGACACCGACGGCGACGGCAAGAUCGCCCCCUCCGAGCUCGGGAUCCUGAUGCGAUCCCUCGGCGGUAACCCUACCCAAGCUCAGCUCAAGGAGAUCGUGACAACGGAGAGCCUGACCUCGCCCUUCGAUUUCCCGCGCUUUCUGGACCUGAUGAAGAAGCACAUGAAGCCGGAGCCGUUCGAUCGCCAGCUCAGGGACGCGUUCAAGGUCCUCGACAAGGACGCGACGGGGGUCGUGUCGGUCUCGGAUCUGCGACACGUGCUGACGAGCAUCGGGGAGAAGCUGGAUCCGGCGGAGUUCGAUGAGUGGAUCAGGGAGGUCGACGUGGCGGCGGACGGGACGAUCAAGUACGAGGAUUUCAUUGUGAGGAUGGUGGCUAAGUGACGAAACCCUAGGAUCUGAGAUGAGAUCGAAUCAAGAUUGAAGAAUGUGACUCUUUAGAAUUGGUGUUGGUGUGCUUAGGAGUUGAUCUGCUUGUUUUAUCGUCAAAACGUUUUUGACCUUUGCUUUUUCUAUUUAUUAAUGUUGAAACCAUCUGUAGCCUAUUGGUACAUUUGUUUUCUUUUGCCUCUUUUGAAUUUAUGGUGCAUUAUGGUUGUACCUUACUCUAAUCCUUGGGGGUGUGAGCUAAUGUAUGAAUCUAUUGUUGUCUAUA